AUGACAGCCAGGAGAGAAGCACCUUGGAGGGGAGGUAGUGUCCAGUACAGGCCGUUGGAAAGCCAGGAGGGUGACAAGCUCUACACCAGACAGCGGGAGAAAAGACUACGGUCCCUAGCUGAUAUGGAUAAUGAUGGAAGGAUGGACCAACUAGAGUUCUCUAUCGCCAUGAAGCUGAUUAAACUGAUGCUGCAGGGGCGGGGCCUUCCCCGCUCUCUACCAAUCAGCAUGAAACAGCCACCCACUGCCACGCCCACCUCCAUUAUGAAGUCAUCAGCAUGCUUCGGUAUGGGCUCGAUGCCAAAUCUGUUCGUCGGCAUGCCCGUCCUGACCCCGAUGCCCCUUAACCCCACCCUGACCUCUGUGCCCUCCCUGGUUCCCAUGACGAUGCCCCUGGCCAAUGGCAACUCCAGCCUCCUCAACCCAUCUCCGUUUAGCACCACUCCAGCACUCCCUCUGUCCUGCUUCUCCUCUCCAAUGGCAUUCUCUCCAUCCGCUGGGAUCUCCAAGGCUAACUCCCUAUUGGAUCUGUCCUCUAGCAGUUCUAACUCCUCCUCCACCACCUCCCUGGCCAGUAACUCUCCCAAGACGUGCUCUUGUGAUUGGUCCGUUCCCCAGUCCACCAGGCUGAAGUACAGACAACAGUUUAAUGGUCUGGACAAGCUGAUGAGUGGAUACCUCUCUGGCCCUCAGGUGAAGAACACCCUGACUGCCUCCAACCUGACCCAGACACAGCUAGCUGCCAUCUGGACCCUGGCUGAUGUGGAUAAGGACGGUCAGCUGAGAGCUGAGGAGUUUAUUCUGGCCAUGCACCUGGUAGACAUGGUUAAGACAGGACGUCCGCUCCCCCUCACCCUGCCCUCAAACCUGGUACCCCCCUGUCUUAGAGAUAGCAGGCCAGUAGAGAUGUUGAAUGGAACUGGGCCCUACCUCUCCACUGGCCUGAUAGACAGGACAGCAGAGCUGAAUGGAACUGGGCCCUACCUGUCCACUGGCCUGAUAGACGGGACAGCAGAGCUGAAUGGAACUGGGCCCUACCUCUCCACUGGCCUGAUAGACAGGACAGCAGAGCUGAAUGGAACUGGGCCCUACCUCUCCACUGGCCUGAUAGACAGGACAGCAGAGCUGAAUGGAACUGGGCCCUACCUCUCCACUGGCCUGAUAGUUGGGACAGCAGAGCUUGAACCUGCACACAAGAACAACAACAAUGUAUCGUAUGAAGACCGUCUGAAGCAAAACUUUGCGCGAGGCAGCGCUGAGCUGGAGAAACGUCGUCUGGCUCUAGAAGAUAAACAGAGGAGGGAGGCGGAGAUGAGAGAGAGGGAGGCCAGUGAGGUGCAGGGGAUGAGGGAGGUGUGGGAGCAGGAGAACAAGAGACAUCUGGAAGAGGAGAGACGGAGAAACAUGAAGAGACAACAAGAGAAGGAGAGACAGAGCGAGAGAGAGAGAAAGGAGCAGGAGCUGGAGUGCCAGCGGAGGGAGGAGUGGGAGCGAGUGAGGAAGGAAGAGUUGUGGAGGAUGAGAGAGAGAGAACAGGAGGAGAUCACUGUGCUCCGAGCCAAGAAGAAGAGUUUGGAGAUGGAGCUGGAGGCUGUGGGCAGCAGACACAAGCAGUUAUCAGAUGGUCUCCGUGACGCCCAGAGUAAGAGGCGGAUCCAAAGGGCGGAGCUUGAUCUUAUCAACCAGAGGAGAGAUGGGCGUGCCUCCAAGAUCAACACCCUGCAGACACAGUUUGAGGACUACCAGAGGAAAAUGUUUCAGUUGGUUCCACAGCAACAGAGACUGACGGAGAGACUCAAGAACAUGGGCUGCAACCACAACCCUGGUGGCAGCGUUGCGGAGAAGGGCGUGGUCUGUCGUAGGCUGAAGGGCCAAUUAGACACUCUGGAGAGAGAGACAACCGACAAGCUGGCCAUGAUGGACCACUACCAGCAAGACCUCAAGUCAGUCGAUAUGGAUGACUGUGUUCUCCAGUCUCUUCUGUCCCUGCUGGGCUGUCUCAGCCAACUCUUCCUCCUCAUCAAGGACCUGAGGGAGCGGCAGGGGAAACAGCAGGCUGUUCUAGAGGACCUCUGCAGGGUCAAGGAGCUGAAACUGAGAGAGAUGGAGAGAAUGAGGAGGGGGGGUGAAGAGGCUGCCAGACAAGCCAAGCUGGAGAGGAGAGGAGAGGAGGAGGAGGAGGGGAGGCGAGUUGAGCCACAGGAGAGAGGAGGAGGCCAGCAUCCGGUGCUGAAUGCAGAGAGGUUAUUAACCCUGACCUCCUGCAGAGCCCUGUACCCCUUCACCGCACGCAACGCUGACGAGCUCAGCCUGGACGCUGACUGUUUCGUAGAGGUAGAUGAUGAGAUGGUGGGGGAGCCUGGUUGGCUGUGUGGUAGUUACCGUGGGAACAGGGGCUGGUUCCCCCAGAGCUAUGCUGAGAGAUGCACCACCCCACUUGUCCCUGCCCUACUGCCUCCUUCCUGUCCAACACGACCACCCAGCCCGGGACUUCCUGACGGAGAGAUUGCAGGGGCAGGACGAAACCCCGCCCCCAGCGUCACCGCCAUCAAAGACUCCACCCAGGAAAACAACACACACACAGCACCUCUGUACCCCGCUGUUGAUAAGUUGGAGAGCCCAGAUCCCAGCCAGCUAGAAGAGUUCGUGGCCCUGUACACCUAUGAGAGCCCGGAGGCGGGCGACCUGACGUUCUCUGAGGGGGACGUAGUCAUGGUAACAGAGCAGGAGGGGGAGUGGUGGAGGGGGUGCAUUGGAAACCGGACCGGAGUGUUCCCUUCCAACUACGUCAAACCCAUGGAACCAGAGAUCACUGGGACUGGAGCUGCUGCCAAGAAACCUGAGAUCGCCCAGGCUGUCACGGCCGCGGUCACCCUGACUACAGAGCAGCUAAGUCUGUCACCGGGGCAACUGAUCGUGGUCCAUGCCAAGAACUCCUCCGGCUGGUGGCUUGGGGAAUUGCAGGUUCGAGGGAAGAGGCCACAACGAGGCUGGUUCCUCUCCUCUCAUGUCAAACUGCUCCCUCCAACCAGCAGCAAGACUACCCCUGCACCUGUCCCAGGUCAUCGCCAGGUACAACUACACGGCAGCCAAUCAGGACUUGAUGAGCUUCUCCAAGGGUCAGCUGAUCAACGUUCUGGACAAUGACACCCUGAUUGGUGGAAUGGAGAGGUCAGCGGGGUCACGGGGCUGUUGCCAACCAAUUACGUCACCAUGACCACUGAGUCCGACCCCAGGC